AUGCGAGGCGCAACGUCCGGGCUUGCUCCUGCUAAGGAACAAGCGACGGCUGAGUAUCUCCUGGUACACCUAUGCAGAUCACCCUUACCCAGCGCGCCUCGAUUCGAAACUGUCUACGAGAACCAAACAGUCCACAGGGUGAUAUCAGCUAUGGUCGGUCCAGCAGGAGGUCUCAGUAAGUUCGAAAGCAUAGUCCUCUCAUCCACGCUCUUCGGUAACAUCGCAGCAAUGGGGUACACCAUAACCAUCAACUUCCAGCUCCUCCUCUCAUACUUUUCCCGAAGGUCCGCAAAUAUCUCUUACGACGCGUAUGCGCCGAUGAUGACAUCGGUGGCAAGUCUCGUUGAAAUUCGUGACACCGCAGAUUUCAUUGAGAGUCUGGAGACCUUCGUCCCUCUCAUUAGGUAUUGGUCUGUGGCAUCCCUCAAUGUGAACCGUGGACCACUCCUGGGACAACGCCGCGAGGCUGCCGCGAAGCGUGGCUGCGUUUGGUCGUGCUUCUCUUGCCUCGGCGUCCUCGUUCCCUGCAUGGCGCAAAUGUGGUGGAUCGGGCCGACCGUCGAGACGGCCGGGGAUUUUGGAAUUGAGCUGGCGUUUGGCGACGAAGAAUACCUCUGGACAGUCGAGAUGAAUGGGCCCGUGGCGGUGAGGUCUAACGGGUCUGCUGUGCGAGCUGCGCCGCUUGGCCCGCUGGGAAAGACAGCAGGGGUGGCAAUUCUAUCAAGGAAUCGUCUACUGCAGGGAAGCACGGGUGGAAGCAUAUUAGGCGCAGCAAUGGAUCUAUGCGCGUGGACACCUGCAUCGCCUCUCUUCCCACUCCUCAACCUCCUGCAGCGUCCCUGGGCAUGCCGCGCGUCGGGUGCCUCUAGCAAACAAUUUGAUAUUCAGGGCGACCUCAUCCUUCUCUACGACCCUGAAACAAGGUUGCAUCUUUCACCGCUUGCGUUCUUGGUUGGCAAAUUCUUAUCGAAGAGAUGCUUCUUCCGGUCUUCCCAUCCCCUUGGUACCCUCCUUGAGGCAUUUUCGGGAUCAUCCAGCAUAUGCAAGAAGGAAGCAAACAACACGUUUUCGGCCGCAAGCCGUCUCGCACAAGAUUGCUCAUGUGGGAAUAACGCCCGAGAUGGGGCUUUGCAGAGAAAUCUUGCACCAACCAACUGGGACGAAACUCGUCCGAAGAUCUCGUACUGUGUCCGACUUCCCCUUUUUCUUCAUUUUCACGGCGGCAGUGGCGGGAGUAAGAUCCUGGAGAAAACGUUGGGACGACUGACAUGUCGCUCCGAGGCCAUGGAAAUGAAACCGCACCGCCGCUCGGUCUGUGUCACCUACUCGAACACAGAGUUUGGAUGGGAUGAAAUCGAGGUAGAUGUAGGGAGAGAGACAGGAGGAGAAUAUACACAUUCUCACACGAAAUUCACUCUCAAUCUCACUCUCACUCUCGCCCCCAAUCUCACCCUUUACCACUCAUCUUACUCUCACCCUUACUUUUCCGUAUCCGCAUUAACGAUAUCGAAUCGCGGAUGUCCCUCGGCAUCUGACUACCUUGUGACCCUCUUUUUUCAGAUGCCAGUUGAACGUUAUGAGCGCAAGUUGUCGCAAGCCACUAAGGCGGGAACAGCGCUGGAGACGAUCUUGUUCGAGAACCAAGUGCAAGGGAUCGCGGAACCAGACCGGGACGUUGUGAAACCACGGCAUUGUCCUGCCUUGACGGCACUGCUGUUUGUAGGUUUCGCCUCGUCGAGAAUGGUUUGGGACUAUGAUUGGGCCAUUCCGUACCCGGAUGGGCCGAAUGUUAUUGGGACCGGACUGCCUGUUGCCAAGAGCACCGAGGACGUCGAUAAUGGGACCUGUUCUCUGGCUUGGCUUGCGGAAGCCUUUGUGGCUCUCCCGGAACAAAUUGCGGGUGCUCGGUGGUGCUGUGAUUUCAGUCCGGGAUGGGCUGAUAUUCUUUCUUCCCCGCCAACUAACCCCAAGUUGCCCCAGGCUGGCGGCGCCGCCAGUUCGAGAGCCACAGUUCGUGUCAAAGUCGGUCUCAAUGGCGGCAAAGCUUAUCUCGUCUACCGCUUUCCCAGCCGUCUUUCGCGCAGUGCCCUGGACGGCGGCUGUUCCCAGGACAUGGGCGGGGAAACGGGCGCAUCAGUCGCCAAGAUCACGCCGGUGGCCUAUCUAGCGAAAAUCGCUCCCUUCCAUUGGUUUCCGUCGCUAGCUUGGGCGCCCGCCAAGCUCCAACCAACGUCCACGGUGUGCUGCCCGGUCUCGGCUUCACUGGGGAAUGAGAAUGGCGGGAAGAAGCCCGCUGGCCCGCCAUCAUCCAUGUCGCUGAUGAAAAUGAAUACAUACAGGCUGUGCUGGGCACUAUCCACCCCAGUGGAACGAGACUUGAUCGCACAUGACAGCGCGACAGAAGUCAAAAGCACGCGAUGCCCCAUUGGCCUCUUCUCUAGCACGAUCUUGGCAGACCAGGAAGCAGGUCUUCCCCAAGAGCCUGAAGGAUCACAGAUUAAUCGGAGCGCUCUCGUCAAACUCCACGACUCCCUCUCCGUGCGGGGAAAAUUGCCUAGAAACAGGAUUGCGGGGGAUGAAGAGAGAAAGAGGGGCGCGGCAUGGGGUGUUCGUGAGAAGGCUGGUUCCCUGUCUCUGGCCAACUAUCUCGCUCAAUGUCCGAACUUUUUCUGUUUCUUAUGCUUAUUUCGUCAGGGGGCCUCCACGAAUGAUAAUGGCGGCACUGAGGAGAGAGAUGAUGUCGAGGGAAAAGUCCAUCGAAAAUUGUUCCCCAUCCCUUUCCCCGUAUCCUCCCCCGCGCCGCGAUGGCCAUCAGGACAAGAAGAAGCUUGGCUCGCAUACUUCGGAUACAAGGAAGCUAACGGGAAGAAUCGAACAUUCUAUGCAUUCAGCUCGACCUUCUCGGAACAUCCUCUCCCUGACGAGGAGCAAUGGUCUCAUUCCAAUAGGCCAAUUUGCAAUAUCCUUAGGGGCACGCUGUCCGUCGUGUUUGCGUCUGGUGCCAGCAUAAGCGCAGGCGUCUCGGGCUGGGCAGAAAAAGAAGUCGAGGGCUGCGCUCGACGAGUCAUUGAUGUUGCUCAAACGGCCUGGACAUCGUCGACUCCAGUUGCCUCUUUCUCUACCACCUCCCAUCGUCGUAUUGGCUACGGGCCAUUCACCUGUCUGGCUUAUUCUUGCUCUUCUCCGCCUUUCUCCUUCGUCUUCCUCCCAUUGCGAGGACCCCAUCAUCAAUCCUGCCCACAGCCUGCCUUCCAGACUAGCCCCAGACUCGCAAGUCUGCGGGCCAAUCGCUAA